AUGGACAAGUGUAUCAGAGGUCUGGCCUCUCAGUGCACCCGUGGCCCCUUCACCUGCACACAGCCGCGGCUGGCAGCAAGUCUGUCUCCUGUACUUGAGCUGGGAUCGGAACUGCCUCAGCCGAGUUCUCUGUCCACUGAGGGUGUGGAGCAACAUGGUGGAUCCAGAGUUCGGGAGUGUCGAUCCCAAGGGAGCUGGGGAGGUGUGAGCAGACCUGGGUGUGUGCGGGGAAGACUGCGCAGUUCCUGGGACGUUGCUGACUGUACUCUCUCCCCGGUGCAGGUGGAGCAUUGGCUGCUGCAACUGUCCACCGAACUGCAGGAGAGGCUGCUGCAGGAUCGGCAACAGAAUGGACGUGUGGCGGGACAGCUGGCAGUGGGGGUCCGGCUGCAGGGGGGGAGCCAGAACAGCAGCUUCCAGCGGUGCGGCCCCCUGUCGGGACAGGACGCUCCCCGCAUUGCCCGCGAUGCCCUGCAGCUCAUCAAGGUCUUCAACACUGCUGGGGCCCAGGGCGGGGCCUGGUCUCCGGCUGUGCUUGCGCUCUGCCUGUCAGCACGGAACUUCUCACCAUCUGCGGCUGCCUCCACCCCCGGCAUCACCCACUUCCUGAGCAGCCCCCACCCCCAGCGGCUGCCCCAGGCCCAGUCCUCAGGGGCGGGGGGCACAGGGAGCCCGAGAGGGGCAGCCAGGCACAGAGCUGGGACCAUCGCUUCCUUCUUCCUGCAGACCCCACCCCGGCCCGAGACCCACCCCGACCCCGACCCCUGCCCCUCCCUACCCCGGCCCGUGACCCAUCCUGACCCCUGCCCCGAGCCCCUCCCCUCCCCACCCCGGCCCGUGGCCUGUCCCGACACCCGGCCCGUGACCUGUCCUGACCCCUGCCCCGAGCCCCUCCCCUCCCCACCCUGGCCCGCGACCAGCCCCGACCCCUGCCCCUCCCCCUCCCCACCCCGGGUGAACGGGGACAUUGACCGUGUGAUGCCUGCAGCAGUCGACCUCCCCAGCCUGUCCUUCUUCAAGUGCAAAGCUCUUGACUGUUCUCCUGUAGCGACCCCCCCGAGCCAGCCCCCCCCACAGCCCCCAGCCUGCAGCCUACCCCCUGAGGUGCUGGUGCGCUGCGGGAGGUGUGGUCAGUCCUCCCUCCCCUGGGAAGUGGCGGAGCACGAGGACUUCCACUUCGCCCUCGACCUCCAGCGGUCCCUCUCGGCCUCCCCGCCCCCCUCCAGCCCCUCAGCCCCCUCUGUCCCGAGAUCCCCCUCCAACCCCUCGCCCCCGAGAGUCCCCUCCAGCCCCUCGGCCCCACGGCCCCCCUCGCCCCCGAGAGUUCCCUCCAGCCCCUCGGCCCCACGGGCCCCCUCCAGCCCCUCGGCCCCACGGCCCCCCUCGCCCCCGAGAGUCCCCUCCAGCCCUUCGGCCCCACGGGCCCCCUUCAGCCCCUCGGCCCCACGGCCGAAGAAGAAGGCAGCAGCCCAGCUGGGGGGUGCUGGGAAACGAGUCUGCAGCAGUGGCAGGACGUUGGAGUGGUAUUUUCGGAAAGCCCCUCCCUAGCGCCAGGACCCCGGCUUCCUGAAGCGUUGAAUCUUUUAACUUCAGAUGU